CGGGCGGGGAGGUGCGCGUACGCACGAGGCGUGCUCGGCGGCGCGGCGCGGGAGCCGGCCGCCAGAGCCGCUGCGGAAGCUGCGGAAAGCACACCUGUUGUGCACGAACCCGCCCGCGACUACGCAAACCUUACGCGAACUGCACGUGUGCUAACUUGCGAUUUAUAUGCGUACUUGUGACAUGAGUAUCAGUGAGAGUUCAGUGACAGUGUCCACGAUAACGCCCUAGAGGACGCAUCUGCAAUCUGGAGCAACCCUAGACGGGGCGAUGUUAAGAGCGGCAGUGGCGGCGCUGGCGUGCCUCUGCAUGGCGCGCGCUUCGCCCGCCGAGCACAGCUUGCAAGCGCUAACCACACAGAACCCCAAGGAUAUCUCUAGUAUUCUAUCAAGCAUAGAAGAAAGACUUCGAAUAUUAGACACAGUAAGUGCCGUUCAGGCAAAACAAGCGAGGAGGCUGGAUAUCAUUCAGGAUAAAUUGGAGCGGGUAGAAAAUACACUGACUUUAAAAUUAGAAAGAGCUCAAUUAACAGCUGAAAGACUUGAGCAUAGGCUGCAUAUGCUGCAAACUAAUAUCCAGGCGUCAAUCAAGGAAAGCAGUGAAAAGCUUGAACGCAGUCAGGCGAAAAUCGGCGAAAUAGCUCGGAAUUUAACUAGCCAUAUAAUAAGCCACAAACAUUUAUUAGAAAAGGUUAACGGCGCCUACGCAGAUACAUGGCACCGUAGUUUGAUGCUUGAGUCGUUGAUGAGAGAUGGACUCUCUCUUGUAAACGUAACGAGGAGGGAACUUGCUGACGGGCUUCGUGCUUUAGCCAGGCGACAACGUGAUUCUAGGAUCAACACUGCGGAUUUAGAAACUAUCAUCACUAAGCGCCUUAGCGACAACUCUUAUAGGAUUGAUUUGAAGAUGCAAGAACUUAUAGAUGCACAGAAACGUUUCGUGGAUUCGUGUCAGCAGGUACAGCAAGACGGUCCAAAGUCUGUGACGGACGUGUUGGAGAAACUAAUCGACUCGUUGAUUGGCGUAACAUCUUCAACAUUCCAUGAGCUUAAAAAGAUUCAAAAUGACAUAAAUAAAUACGACAGCAGAGUGGUUAAAAUCCUAAAUGCGACACGCAUACCUCAGACGGAUGCUACUUGUAGACGUUUAGAAGUAGCUUUCCGUAAUACAUCUCACACGAUCUUAAAAGAAAAUGAGCUGCGACAAUUGACUGAGAAGUUUGUAUCACUGACCGACCGAGCAGAUGCCGCGUUGCAGCGCUUGGAAGCUCACUUAAAAGAUGAACCAACAUCAGAAGUCACAGCGGCUGCUGACAGACUGUUGGAAAAAUUGGAAGGAAUUAACAAUGAAGAAUCAGAAGAAUUCGAUUGGGAGGACGACGACACAGGUUACUUUGACGACGGCGGGGGAGGCGAUAUCAUGGGCAUUGAUAAGGACAUCCUGAGUGGUGGAGCGUCUGAGAGGAUGGCGACCACAACCACGCGUCCACCGCACCGAAGACAUCUGCACAAACAUCCCUACGAUCGCGGUCCUAAUAUCAACUGACCAAAGUUGUCGUUUAAGUUUGUAAUAUAAAUACCAU